CUUGACUUGGGUUCCGCGCUUCUUCGCUUCCCCGCGUUAAUUAAAUGUACUCGAUAUCACGAGGCUCGCGAGCAGAGAGUCCUGGGUUACGUCUAUGGUAUAUAAACGGACGCGUUCUGGGGCUUUUGAAGGUUUCGACCAAGUUCUUUUCGUUCCCUUGAUCGUUCGCUUGCUUUCCUCCUCUCCUCCCUCCCCUCCACCAUCCUCAUCUGUACUCUGCACCCAACCGUAUCCCGACUAUAAACGUAUCCACCCCGCAUCAGCCUCUUUGACUACCAGCCUCUUAUACGCAUACGUAUACGCAUGCUCUACGACGCCUUAACUUUACUUUAAGUAUCGCUCCUUUGCCUCGCCCGUUUUCUAGCAUAUAUACACGACCGCCGACGUUACGAAACGUUUUUCCUCCUGCUCGACCUUCCUUCUGCUACAUACAUAUAUCGUUUCGUUUCGUCUCGUUCUCUUGCUACCCACUACCUAUUUCCUACUCGCGUCCUACCCACUAGCAUCAUCGACGCACCAGCAUGUCCUCUCCUUCCGCUACGACUACGAUUAUCACUCCGACCCCGGCCCCGGCAUCAACUGCGGCUGCAGCUAUUCCUUCUUUGACCCCUGCCACGACUAGUACGACCGGCCACGCGCCGCCGACGCCACCGCCCGAAGCAUCCUCGCAUCCCACUUCGCCGAACAGCAACAAAGGCGCGUCGGCUACCCCGGCUGCGGAUGUAGCGCUUCCUGUCUCUCCACCCUCUUCGACUCUGGUGUCUGCGGCGUCCUCUCCCGCGCCCACCUCGCCCACUUCUCCCACUUCGCCUGUUUCAGCUCAGCUUACCGGGUCCCCGCCAAUCGGUCCUCCUGAAUCAGCGUACUCACUCCCGACGUCUGUCUCCUCGCCAGCAUGGUUUCCUGCUACCCAAGACCAGGAGACCGGACUGGCACCGUCCGCGUCGGCAGCGACGCUGGUGGGCUCGCCGGUGCCGGGUAAUCCAGCGGAGGUGUUCAAGGCCAAGGUUCGAGAGGCAGCUCGGCUGAUGGAGGGUCAGGGCAAGACGCUGGUCGUUGCGGAUGAUGGAGCCUGCGAAGGGGACGAAGAAGAAGAUGGGGAGGUGACCCAGAUUAUCAUCCAAGCUCAGCCACCACACGCCCCAGCCUCACGAACGAUUCCGCUGCCUGUCGUCGUUGACCAACAGCCGCUGCGUGGUGAUCGGUCGCGGGAGCCCAGUUUCGCAUCGAGCACGUUAUUGCCUGCGUCCAUGCGCUUCCAGCAGGCUCACCGACCGCUUCCUCCCUCUCAGUCUCAUACAAUCCACUCUUCACCCCAGGCCCAUGCUCACUCGGAUCACGAGUCUCUCCCCGACCACCGCACGCCGAAUGUGUACAUCAAUGGCCUGCCGCCCAACUUCCCUGAGGACCAGCUCUUCGCGCUCGCGGCGCCUUUCGGCACUGUCAAGAGCGUGCGGUGCUUCACGCGGCAUGUGAGUGAAACUGAGACUGGGUACGGGUUCGUGCUAUUUGAGGAAGUCGCGGCUGCGGCGCGGUGCAUCGAGGUGUUGCGCAAAUACCGCAAUUUGCAUCCCACUUUCUCCAAGCAGGUGCAUAAGAUCCCUGGGACGGUGUAUGCGACUGUUUCAUCUCAUCAUGGAGAUGAACAUUCUCAAAAUGACCAAUCGCUUCACACUGGCGGCUCCGUUGGCGCCUCGUCCGAAUGGGAUGAUGUGAGCGCCACCGAUUCUUUCAAGGCCAAGAUGGAGCGCCUUGCGGACCGGACGAGCACGAACUUGUAUAUCGAGGGGCUCCCGCUGAGCAUCGAUGACGCGACGCUUGCUGCGCUGGUGUCGCCUUACGCGAUUCGCAGCAGUCGCUUUUUCCAGACAAAACUGAGCCAUCCGCCGCGCAUCAUCGCCUUUGUAAGACUAGAGACGCGAACUGCCGCAGAAGAGAUCAUCGAGCGGCUGCAUGGCCGGAUGGUGCGCGGAUGGAACGACGCUGGCAGUCGGAUCUCCGUGCGCUUCGCGGAUACGAGUGAGCAACGGGAGUUGCGGCGCCAGGAACGCACGGCUCGCGACGAGGACCACGGACAGGCGGGGCAACUGAGCAUUGCGCAGGCGACACUGCUGAACUUGCGGGGCAAGGAGCUUGCCGCAGCCCAGUCUCACGCUCACUCGUUCCAUCCGACCUCGACUUCGGCUUCGUCUUUGCAUCCACAUUCUCACUCGCAGCACCACCACCAUCAUCACCACCCUCCACACCAACAGCACCCGUCGUCGUUAUUCGCCAAGCAUGGGCUACAGCAGCCGCUGUACUCGACGCCGGGACUGCGAGAGUUCCACCCCGACCGGUACGACCCGCACACCGGUAUGUACGGCGAGGACGAGGAGGACCACGCGGGUGCAUUCGAAGUGGACUAUUCGCUCGCACCAGGCAACAAUCGGCUCGACCCGGCGAUGCAGAACCUGUUGGAGACGCUGCAGGCGCAGGCGCAGAUCCGGAGUCGUGCGCGGUCGCUCUCUCAGGCGCAGGCUUCUUCGCAUAUGCAGCCCAUGCAGCAGCAGCAACAGCAGCCGAAACGCCGCCCGGUGCCGCUUGAUCUCGACUCUUCGGGUGUUGGGCUGGGAGUGGGCAUGCGGGGGUACCGUGUCCCAGCGGCGACUGUGACGUACGGGGGAGCGGGUGGUGGCAUGGACGAGGAGAUGUUUCACCAGCAACACCAGAGCCAGCAUCCGCAGCCGCGGCGGAUGCCGAAAGGACCUGGGGAGGCCUUCGCGCGCAGUGCGUAUCAGCGCCAGCAGCACCAGCACUCGCUUUCGCACGAACACCACCUGCAGCAGCAGCAGCAGCAUCAACAAGCACAGCCGGCGCAGCACUCGCCGCCGUUGGUGUCGCCAGCGCUGACGUACACGUCGUCGCGGUCGAGUGUCGCAGCGUUCAGUCCGACGACGCCGCAGUUUGGGUUCCCGAGCGAGGCUGAGCAGGUCAAGGGUGUUGCUCCCGGUGCCGGUACUGUUGGGAAGCAGCGUCGGAGCCAUCACCACCACCACCAAAGCCAAGGCCAGGGCCAGUUUGGGACGACGGGUCCGGCGAGCGGGGUGCGCACGACUACGCGGUAGGAGACUGGUAUUUUCGCUCGCUCGUUCGUUCGUCGUUGCCAUCCGCAUUCGCUAUGUUAUGAUACGAUUUGCAGCUACAGACCCCCACUCGCUUUUCCGUUCGCACAGAUACAGAAACAGAUUACUCGCACUGGCACCCUGCAUGUUCCGCACGUUAUUAAAGUAUCCGCACCAGAACAGACACCGAAUCCCGCAGAUUACAGAUUACAGAUUACCGACGACGUGAUACGUACCCAGACAGACAAACUCGCAUACUGUACAUACAUCCCGUGACUCCCCCCCUCCUGUUGUACUUCUACGCUAUCGACAAAUUCAAAUGUCAUGUGCAUGUGUGCGUCAGAUCCAUUCAUUCAUUCGUUCAUUCAUGCAAACGUGUGGUAAGACUAGGAGACUCGUACAACGACUCAGGACCCUCCACAUACAAGUCCGGGGCAAGGAAAAACACGCACCAGACUGUAGAUCCGGCGUACCCGCUCCCACCGCACUGGCCGAACUGCGCGACGGUGCCGCCGGUGCUCGUGGGCGGGGCGGUCGUCGACGUCGUGCCCUUGCUGGUGGUGGUGCUGGAUGGCGGAGGCGGGCGGGCGGUCGUCGUCGAGGUGGACUGGGCGCGCGUUGGUCAGUA